AUGGGCGGGGUGAAUAUAAGCCAUGGCGAGCUUAAUGACAGAGAAGAGCUACACGCCAGGAGCAAGGGUAGUAAAAGAAUUCUUGUCACCCCAUUGGCUUCUGCAUUGAUGGUCGGUGCCGUUAUCUUCCUCGCAGUUGGAGUUGAAGGGCAUGAUAACGAGAGAGCCAAAGAUGUGCGAACGAAUCGUUUGGGAAGGGGUAAAUCGACGUCAAAUGCCGUGAAUGAUGGAUGCAGCAGCACGCUUCACCCAGAAUUGUGCGUCUCAAGUCUCUGUAGUUUUGGCGGCUUAUCCAGUGAAGCCGGUCCCAUGGAGAUCGUGAACGACGCUGUGAGUGUGGACAUAUUGGCGGUGGAGAAGGCUAAGGCGCAUCUUUCUGGACUGAGUCGGGUGGCAGUCACUCCAAGGCAACUCGGUGCUCUCCAAGACUGCAUUCAGCUCUUUGAUCUGACUUUAAGCGAUUUAGAGAAAUCUCUGUUAAAUGUUAGCAACUCUAACAGUAACUUUUUGGCGUGGAGGCAGGCAUUUGAUGUUGAGACUUGGCUGAGUGCAGCUCUGACCAACCAGGCCACCUGUUUGGAAGGGUUUCAGGAGGCCAGUGGAGGUCGACAAAUAAGUUUCAGUAGCAAUUUGCGUAAUGUAUCGCGGCUUCUCAGUAAUUCUCUGGCCUUGGUGAAGAAUAUUUCUGUUGUGGGAAGACACCACAACCGACGUUUGUUGUCAGAAGAAGGUCGUUCAAAUCGUGAAGAAUUCCCGUCCUGGUUGUCAUCUGCGGAUAGAAGAAGACUUCUACAGGACGAUACCAGCGAUAAUGCCAUUUUAGCUGACAGUGUGUUGACUGUGGCGCAGGACGGCACUGGUAAUUAUACAACAAUAAACGAAGCCAUCGGCACCGUUCCAAACAACAGCCUGGAUAGAUAUGUGAUCUAUGUGACAGAGGGCGUGUACGAGGAGUAUGUAGAAAUACCCAGUUACAAGACAAAUAUUAUGUUGCUGGGAGAUGGGAUUAACGCCACUGUGAUUACAGGAAACAGAAGCGUGGUAGAUGGAUGGACUACAUUCCACUCUGCAACUGUCGCCGUUGUGGGCGCAGGAUUCCUUGCUCGGGAUAUCACGUUCGAAAACACGGCAGGCCCGGAUAAACAUCAGGCGGUUGCUCUCAGAGUCGGCUCCGAUCUCUCAGCUUUCUACCGUUGCAGCUUCCUAGGUUACCAAGAUACUCUUUACGUGCAUUCCUUUCGUCAAUUUUACAGGGAAUGUGAUAUUUACGGCACUGUAGAUUUCAUCUUCGGGAACGCUGCAGUAGUUUUUCAGAGUUGCAAUCUUCUGGCCAGAAAACCAAUGGCGAAUCAACAGAAUACAUUUACAGCUCAAGGAAGAAGCGACCCGAAUCAGAAUACAGGUAUUUCCAUUCAAAAUUGCAAUGUUAGUGCCGCACCUGAUCUGGUUGCAGUAAAGAGUUCGUUCGAAACAUACUUGGGGAGGCCAUGGAGAGAAUAUUCUCGCACGGUUUAUAUAAAUUCAUUCAUAGACGACGUGGUUCACCCCCGGGGUUGGCUGGAAUGGUUGGGAAACCAGUCUUUGAGUACGCUCUACUAUGGUGAAUAUAUGAACUGGGGAGCAGGAGCAGGAACUGCAGCGCGCGUUCAAUGGCCUGGUUAUCACAUCAUGAACAUUUCUGAUGCUCUAAAUUUUACUGUGGCGAAUUUCAUAUCUGCAGAUACGUGGUUAAAUACUGUACCCUUCACUUCAGGCUUGGCAUAA